AUGGCUAUUUCCAAGAAUUUACCACUUUUGAAGAACCACUUCAGAAAGCACUGGCAAGAACGCGUCAAGGUUCACUUUGACCAAGCCGGUAAGAAGGUUUCUAGAAGAAGUGCCAGAGCUGCUAAGGCUGCCAAGAUCGCUCCAAGACCUUUGGAUUUACUAAGACCAGUUGUUAGAGCCCCAACUGUCAAAUACAACAGAAAAGUUAGAGCUGGUAGAGGUUUUACUUUAGCCGAAGUUAAGGCUGCUGGUUUGACCGCUGCUUACGCUAGAACUAUCGGUAUUGCCGUUGACCACAGAAGACAAAACAGAAACCAAGAAACUUUCGAAUUAAACGUUGAAAGAUUAAAGGAAUACUUAGCUAGAAUCAUUGUCUUCCCAAGAAACGGUAAGGCCGUUGAAGCUGAACAAGUUUUAUCUACUGCUGCCACUUUCCCAAUUGCUCAACCAUCUACUGAUGUUGAAACUAGAGCAGUUGAAGACAACGGUGAAUCUGCUUUCAGAACUUUAAGAAUGGCUAGAUCUGAAAAGAGAUUCAAGGGUAUCAGAGAAAAGAGAGCCAGAGAAAAGGCUGAAGCUGAAGCUAGAAAAGAAGAAAUAAGCAAUCUUACCUCUGAAUAUCAAAGUUUACUCAUUUUUGUUCCUUUCACAUCCUUCAUCUUUAUAAACAUUCUAUAUCAAUAA